AUGUCUCCACCGUCAAUAGACCACCACGCCUUCCCGCACUUGAUAGACUCUAUCAUCGGGUACGCUCCUCACGGGUCUCUUGUCGCCCUACGUGCGGCGUCCCGCGCCUUUCGAGACAGGUGUGACGCCCUCCUAGUCCAGCACAUCGUCCUCUCCAACAGGUUCCAGGACGUGCAAGAGACGGCAUAUGGCCAAAUACCAUUCCCGGUUCGCCUUGAGGGACGGAAUGGCCGGAUUCCCUCGUUUUCUGAUUGGGACAGUGCGCUGGCGAUGGAUUUGAGUAACGACCACUAUGCCGGAGACUGGAAGCCGCCGAGGCAGGUACCAAACAACCCAAGAGCGACCAGGCUGGCAGACUUGGACUGGCAACCUGAGCGAGGCUACCAUGGUCCGAUACAGUCUAGCUACCGACGAAAACGGCACUCUUCAUCCGCCAAGCUCCUCGCCAAUACUCGCGUGGUCGACAUUAUCGGGCCCGUAUACGACAAACGCCGGUGCGAGCUCCUCUCCGCGCUGUCACCCGACGUCAUGCUGCGCUUCCGCGUCGAUUCGCACGGCCGUUCACCAUGGAGCCGGCGGCCGGGAUGUGAAGGGUCCUUGCGUGGUUGGGAACACGUUUACGAAGGCCGGGUGGGGUCGUUUGUGUCGUUUGAAUCGGUCGACGAACCAGUACCGCAACAGCACAGCACCGACUCGGCCAUGGACGACGACCCGCGGAUCUGGUUGAUGGACGGGGCGGAACGCGUCGUUCGCAACCUGUUCUUUUCGCCAUCAGGCAAGAUGGCCGAGAUUCGAGAAUCCCAGUUUCCGCCCUCGGUACGCGAGGUCGUGUUGGUCUUUCAACGCAAGACCAGCAGCGAAGUCAAGGGCGACGGCAAGGGCACGGCCAUCGAUAAGAGUCGCAGCCACGAGCACACCAUUUACGAGGGCCGGCAAUACCGCGCGCGUGCCAACUAUGGACCACUCUUCUGGACACUUGCCGCGGCCGCAAAGUACUUGCCAGUCACCAGGCUGACCCUUGUGGGCGCCGACACCCUCCCGGCCGCCAGUUUCCUUGGCGAAGACACACCCGCCAGCGUCCGUGACGACGUGUUCCGGCUAGUCGAGAAGUUUGUGCGCUCACAUGCGGCAGACGUGUGGAACAUGUUUGACGACGACUAUGGGUUUGACUGGGCUGGGGAGCAUGGGCAGACGGUAGACGAGCUCGUUGAGAGGGCUAUGCGGGGUCUGCGAGUCAUUACCAUGGCCGAGUAUGAGGCUGAGCGCGGGGCGGAGAUGUUUGCGCUCGAGACAAGGGAGUAG